AUGUUGGCACCAGAGCUCGACGAGAGGGGCUAUGCCGUGAUCGCUUUGUGGACGCAGGAUGUGGGCGAGAAUCGAGAUCACUUGCCUCAGGCUGCCAAGGGAUUCCCUAAGAAGUUUCUGGCCGAAGUGGACGAGCUUUCCACCUUGGCCUCCACCGCUCGUGCCUUGCAUGAUGCCGCCACCCGUGCGGACGGCGAGGUCGUGGCGGUGAUUUGCGGUGGUGAGACGGGAGUGAAAGUGGCCGAUGCCCUCUCAGAGCACAUGGGUCUUCGUGGCAAUACCACGGCAGGUGGCAUGGCCAACCGCCGUGACAAGCAAGUGCAACAGGAUGCGGUGAAGGCGCAUGGCUUGAGAGCGGUGCGCUCAGUCUGUGGGAGAAGCUGGGACGAUGUGAAGGCCUUCAGCGACACCGAAGCCUUUCCGAUCAUUGUGAAGCCGGUGGAGUCGGCGGGAUCGGAUGGAGUGAAGCUGUGUCGAAGUGCCGGCGAGGCCGAAGAACAUUUUCACCUGCUGAUGAACUCUCAACGAAAGGCCGGAUCUCAAGGAGCUGCCGUCUUGUUGCAAGAGUACUUGAAGGGUACAGAGUACAUUGUGGAUCAUGUCUCGCGGGAUGGCGUGCACAAGACGACCUUGGUCUGGGUCUACGACCGCCGCCCAGCCAAUGGUGCGGGCUUUGUUUGCUUCGGGACGAAGUGUGUCCCAUCCGAGAGCCCGGUGGCUCAGGAGCUCAUCGCCUACACGCGCGGGUGCUUGGAUGCCUUGCGAAUCACCGACGGCGCAACCCACACAGAGGUCAUGAUGACCGAGACGGGCCCUUGCUUGGUGGAAGUGAACAGUCGUUGCCAUGGAGCAGCUGGGUCCUGGAUGCCUCUUGCGAGGGCCAUGACAGGGUACACUCAGGUGAGCGCUUGUGUGGAUGCCUUCCUGAGUGAAGAAGCCUUUGAGCGCCUUCCAGAUGUACCAUCCGAGUUCCUGGCCUCUGGGCAAGUUUCCAUGUUGAUCUCCUACCAUGAUGGUCUGGUGGAAUCCACCCAAUUUGAGAGGGUGAGGAACCUCCCAUCGGUGGUCUUUCUGGAAGAGAACCUGCAAGCUGGACGUCAAGUGGAGAAGACCAUCGACCUCUUCAGCUUGAUUGGCAUGUGUGUCCUGGUGCACGAGGAUCCCAAGGUGUUGGACGAUGAUCUCCGGUCCAUUCGGGAGAUGGAGCAGAAUGGGUCCUUAUUCGUCCUCUGCAACUAG